UAUUUAUUGUGGGAUUUUAUUGUAUUUUGAUUCAUGAUGUUUUUGUACUAUUAUGAAUAAUAUUUUAUUAUUUAACAUGUUUAAAUAUGUUGCAAUUCAUUGAUUAUUUCUGUGUCAUACAGCGAAAGGCUUUGACCUACCCUAUAACCCCCCUUUGUAAAUAGUGUACAGAUAUAUCAAAAUGGUGGAUUAUUACAAAGUGUUAGGAAUUUCAAAAAAUUCUUCAGAAACCGAUGUGAAAAAGGCAUACAGAAAACUAGCACUUAAAUGGCACCCUGACAAAAAUCCCGACAAAAAAGAGGAGGCAGAAAAAAAAUUUAAAGAAAUAUCUGAGGCUUAUGAAGUACUAUCAGACAAAAAGAAGCGGGAACUUUAUGACAGAUAUGGAAAGGAAGGAUUAAUUAAUGGUGGUUCUGAUUACGAUUUCCAAGACAAUUUUGAUCAUUUCCAUGGUUUCCAUUUCCACAAUCCAAGAGACGUAUUUAAAGAAUUUUUUGGUGGUAGAGAUCCCUUUGAAGAUUUUUUCGGAGGUGAAAACAGUGGUUCCUUCUUCACAAAUUCUUUUCCAGGAUUUCCGUCAAUGGGCGGAGGUUUAUUUAGUAAUGCUUUUGGAGGGGAUACAGGUCGAAGAAGAAGUAGUAGGAGUAGGCGGGGUGAAGCUCAACAGUCAAGACGACCCAGGAUUGGUGCAUUUCAUUCAUUUGGUCACCCAGUAGAACAUGUCGGGAUGCUGGGAUUUCCUCUACACUUUGGACUUUCAUCAUCUAUAUUUGACCAUCAUCCUAUUGGGAUGUCACCUGGAAUGUCUUCGUUUACAAGUACAUCGUUUGGUGGACCCUCAGGGGGAGGAGGCAAUUUCCGCUCAACUUCUACAUCAACGAAAAUUGUCAAUGGCAAAAGAAUUGUAACAAAAAAAGUUGUAGAGAAUGGUAAAGAAACAGUAACAGUAGAAGAAGAUGGUGUAGUAAAAUCACAUAUUGUAGAUGGCAAGUCUAUGGCAAUAUGUAACUGAUGGGACCACUCUUAUUCAAAGCGAUUCUGUGUUAAUUUGUAUAUAACUCAUGUAAACUAAAACAUGUCAUUGACUAAGAUUAAUUUGUCAUGUUGAUGGCUCAGAAUCUUUACACUUGGAAUAAUUGGAUUCUAUAUCGUUUCAGUAGAAUGUUGGGUAUAUUAACUACAAUUCACAGAAAUUGACUAUAAAAAUGAGUUUCCCUUUGGCCAAAUAACAAGUUUAACUCUCCAGUGGAUCAGUGAGUUCAUUCUAUAUUUAAGAGGAAAGUUGCAUUAUAGUAGAAAGAUUUCUCUAAUGCAUAAGAUUUUAGAAAGAAAAAAAUGUGUCCAAAAAUAAAGGUCAAGAAAUAAGUGAUGAACUUUUUUACAUAGGUUUUAUGUUGGAACACAGAAAUAAUGAAGAGAACACUUAUGAAUUGACAAAUGUAUUAUUGAUUGAUAAUAUUACUUUUAUCAGCUGUACAACAAGUGGAAACAAUUGUAAUCCACUGUUAUAUAGGAUGAUAGAAUUUUAUGUAAUUUUAAUGACCUCAUUCUGAUACAUAUAAGAAUAAUAUUUAAAUCUAACAGUUAUGUUGAUCUGUAGAUUAUAACAUAUCAGAAGGUAACAUUUAGAAAAUUUUAAAAGCAACUGUAACAUGCCUUGACUAAAGUACUUGAAUGUUUUGAGUUUUAUUUUUAUAGAAUCAUGUAUUUGUCGAUAAAUCACAUGGUGGAAGAUUUUUUUUUAAUUAUAGAAAUUUAAUCUUACAAAAAAAGAUUUGCUUUAUACAAAACUCAGGGAAUGUGUUGAAAUAUUUGGAAAGAUAUGUACGGAAAUUAUUUUGUGGGACUUUUCCAUUCAAACAUUACUUCAUUUCUUAGGAUAGCCACAAUUACACAUAAAAGUGGUAUUCAACUGUUUGUAGAUUUUUACAAUAAAAUUUUAAAACACCAAUACAUAGAGCUGAUGUUAAUUUUCCUUCCUGAAGUAAUGUUUUAUAAGAAUGGUCUAGUCCUCAGCAAGGACUAGUCUAUAAUCAGAUUAGUUUUAAAAAGACACAUAAAUACAUUUAAGUAAAAGAACCAUGGAAAAAAGAGUCCGUUUUUAAUUAUAAAAAUUUGUUAUUGAUUUAACAUUGGGCCAUCAAUAAUGCUUUAAAUGUUAAUAUUAUCUCUAUCUACCAUUUUAUAAAUUCACUGAACUUUCUUGAAAGUACAGUAAAUAAAAAUGUCACUGUGUUGUCCAUCAAAAGUCUGCAUAAUCAUACAUAGAUUAGAUGACAACACUUGCUACAUGUGUAAAGCAAGGUCAAACAUAAAAAAUGUUCAAAGUCAUUGCAGAAUUUGUGGAAUGAGUGUGUGGUGUUUUAGUUUUAUAAAUGUCUCGUCUAAAAACAAAAAUUUAAGACUGAAUUUCACACAAGAUAUUUUGACAAUUUGUUGGAAUUUAUCAAACAUAUUGCAUAGACAACUGUGUAUUGUUGAAGAUUGUUUGUUGACCUCUGGAUGUCCUUUGUUAUUUUGUGAUAUUGGCUUGGUUGCUGUCUCAUUGAUUUUUGCCCUAAAUCUCAUUUUAUUCAUAGAUGUAAAAUUAUAUUUUUGAUUAAAAAUCGCUGGAAAUAUAAUACCCUAUGACAGGCAUUAGUGUAUAUUCUUACCUGAUUCAUUUUUUAAUGGGUAUGAGAGAACAUAAAUAGUUCAUGUAGAAAUUCAGUAAAAAGAAUAUACUGUAAGCCUUUUAUUGAAUACAUUUGUGUUAAGUUGUUUGUUGUUUCCCCCUAAUUUAGAUGAUUCAAUUAUUUUUUAUCCCAUCUUUUCAUUUGUCCCAUAUUUAAGUCUUGCAUUAUUUGUUUGAUGCUACAUUUGUUAAAUUGCUUUUUAUGUCUGAAGAAGAGCUUACUUGGUUUUGUUAUGUAUUUAAACUUUGUUACUUUCUAAUUUAUUUGAAUGAAUACAUCCAAAUAUUUUACAUUUAUCUAAGCGCCUACCAUUUUAAAAGAUAUAUGCAGUUUUAAAAUUAAAAUUAUGACAUUUUGUCAGAUUCAGAACUUCAAAACUGAAGUAAACUCAGAAAAUAAACUGAUUUUCAGUAAACAAUUACCCCUUUGAACAAGAAACAUCUGAAUACACUAGAAGACCAUCAUGUGAGAUAUGACAAGAAGUGUGCUUUGUGUUUACAUGGAAUACUAAAGUCGUUUCAUGAAUACAAGUUUUAUUAUUACUUCAAAUCCUAUAGAGAAACAAACCAAAGUUCAGUCUAAAUUAGUUCUUAUGUUAGAAAAUUUGGUGAAUUUAAAUAUUCCAGAAGGUUUAAACUAAUUUGCAUUGUGUAUGAAUGAGAGAAAAAAAGAUAUUUUUGUAAAUGUUAUUUGUAUGAAGAUGUUGUCUGUUUGUAUGUAUAUUUUGGUUCAUUAUAUGUUUGCCGCUAAUGCUGGCAUUAUUCUUAUAUCUUAUUGCUGGAGUUUCUAUGGAAACUUCAUGUAAUAAAAAAUUUCUCAGA